AGCGAGAAAACUGAGACAAAGAGAAAACUGACUUCCUUUGUUUGGAAUCAUUUCAAGAAGCAAAAAAUUAAUGGAGUUGACAAAGCUAUUUGCAACUAUUGUAAAAAAAUAUUAGGAGGAUCAAGCAAAAAUGGAACAACACAUUUGCGUGAUCAUUUUAACAUAUGUCCUCUUAGGAAGCAUCGAGAUAUAAAACAAUCAAUCUUAAAUCCAAGUAAGAAGAAGGAUGGAAGUACUUCACUAGCUGCUCACAACUUUGAUCAAGAGUGUUCAAGACACAAACUUGCUAAAAUGAUUGUUUUGCAUGAGUAUCCACUCAAUAUGGUUGAACAUCAUGGAUUUAGAGAUUUUGUCAACUCUCUUCAGCCAUUUUUCAAGAAUGUAUCUCGAAGUACUAUUAGGAGGGAUAUAUUGAAGAUAUAUGAGAAUGAGAAGACCAAGACAAAGAACUCAAUUAGUGACAAUUGUAGUAGAGUUGCAAUCACAACUGACAUGUGGACAUCAAAUAAUCAAAAGAGAGGGUAUAUGGUGGUGACUGCACAUUAUAUUGAUGAUUCAUGGAAUUUGCACAAUCGAAUUAUCAGGUUUAUAUAUGUGCCUGCCCCUCAUACUGCUAAGUUAUUAGCAAAAGUGUUGAUGGAGUGUUUGGUUGAAUGGUCUCUUGAACGUAAGUUGUCUACUCUUACUUGAGAUAACUGUACUGUGAAUAUUGCCAUGAUGGAUCAAAUGAAAGAAAAAUUGAGAAAUGCUUCUUUACUAAUGAAAGGUGAAUUAGUUCAUAUGAAAUGUUCUGCUCAUAUCUUGAACUUGAUUGUCCAACAAGGAUUAGGAGCAAUUCAAGGUGCCAUAGAAACUAUACGUGAGAGUGUAGUUUUUUGGACUGGUACUCCAAAAAGAGUUGAAAAGUUUGAAGAGGCUAAGAAAGGAUUAUCAUGUGCAAGCAAUAAAAAGCUAGUGCUUGAUUGUAAGACUAGGUGGAAUUCUACUUAUUUGAUGCUUACUAGUGCCAUUGUUUAUAAAGAUGUGUUCAGUCGCUUAAUACACACUGAGAAAAAUUACAAAAAAGAACCUAGUGAGCGAGAUUGGCUUUUGGCAAAAGUUAUGUGUGAGAAACUGAAGUUGUUUUACCAUGUCACUGAGAUGUUUUCUGGGACCAAAUAUCCUACUACUAAUCUAUUCUUCUCUAAGAUUUGUGAUAUUUGGUUGUUGCUUAAGGAGUGUCUUAAGUCUUCAUACGAUGAGAUUAGGAUAAUGGCAUCAAAUAUGAUGGAUAAAUUUGAGCAGUAUUGGACUUCCAUUCAUGGCAUAUUAGCCAUAGCAACUGUUAUGGAUCCAAGGUUUAAGAUGAAAUUGAUUGAGUAUUAUUUUCCUAAAAUUUAUGUUGGUGAAUAUCAAAAUGAAGUUGAACGAAUUAGAAUGUUGUGCUAUGAUUUGGUGAAAGAAUACAAACCAAAUGAUGGAAAAGAAAAUCUUCCUGAUCCUUUAUCCAAUGCUUCUGGAGUUGGAGGGGAUAGUGAUGGAUAUGUGGAUCCUUUAGCUGGUUAUGACUUGUUCGUUAGUAGAAGGUGGAUACUUUCACGUCUGAGUUAGAGUUCUACUUGGAGGAAGCAGUUUUGCCUAGGAGUGAAGAGUUUGAUAUUUUAGCUUGGUGGAAGACAAAUGGUCUUAAGUAUCCAACAUUACAACAAGUUGCUAGAGAUGUUUUGGCUAUCCCAGUGUUUACAGUAGCUUCUGAGUCUGCUUUCAGUACUAGUGGAAGACAUGUGACUCCUUGUCGUAAUAGGCUUCACCCGAGUAUGUUGGAGGCAUUAGUAUGUACUCAAGAUUGGUUAUGGGAUGAGAAACUAGAUGCAUCACAAAAUGAGAUUUCACAUAGUACAUUCUUUGAUGAUGUUGAAGAUGAUGAAGCGGGUCCAAGUUUUGUGGAUUUUGAUUCUUGAAGAAAGAAGGCUCUUGAAUGGUGGUGAUGACUAUUAGUUUUCAAAGUUGAAGAUGAAGAUGUUAUUACAAUUUAUUAAGUUUGUGUGUUUGUUUGGACUUCAAGUUUAUGUUUAUGGUCUUUAAGUUUAUGUUUAUUGAUUUUAAGUUUAUCAUUGCAAAGUUUUUAAUUUUGGAACUUAUCUAUAUGACUAUCAAUUAUGGAAUGAAGAAUUUAGUUUUAUGUUGUUUUAAUUUGGUGUUUACAAAUAUUUUUUAAUUUCGAAAAUAUAAAAAAUUAUUUGUGUUAUCCAACUUUUUUAAUAAACGGGUCCCCGUUAUAGUGUUCAUUACCGACGGGGAUUCCCCGCCCCGUUCCCCGCCGGGGAAUGUGUGGGGACGGGGCGGGGCCGGGGGAAAAUAAUAGGGGUCGGGGACGGGGACGGGGAAUGCAUUCCCCGCACCGCCCCGUCCCCAUGUGCAUCCCUAACCCCAACUAAUGUUUAUUGUUA